ACUGCGCAGUUGCGCGUGCGCAGCAAAACCCUCCGCUCAUCCCGGCAGCCGCCAGUCGCCAGACCAUGUCCUUGGCAGAAGGAGCCUCUGACUUCGAGACCAGGACUGAGGAAGACAAGCGAGAGAGGAUCAACUCUGCGUCCAGUUUAGCCUCCAAGACAACUAAGAAAACCGGGGAAAAGGGACGGCAGAUGUCCGACAGCUACAUGUGGAAGGAACAGAUCCACACCCUCAUGAAGGGAGGAGAGAGCGAGUCCGAUAUAUCGGACUCCGAACAUUUCCUUACGAAGGGAGCAUUCCUUCUCACUCCCUCUCAUGGCCUGAGCAUGGAAAAAGCCUCGACCAUUUGUGAGAAAAUGGAGUUCAAAGGCUGCUUCUCCCUCACCAAGACAGCUACGGGGAUCCUGUUCAAGUUCUCCAACGUGGACGAUUACCAGAUGGUGUUCAAGAAGGGGUUCCACAAGGUCACCGGCUCCAGGUUCUAUAGGAAGAUCGCGAUCCCCUGCCGUCCCCAAAAAACAUUCACAAUCUACGUGUACGACGUGCCCGACGAGGUGCCUGAAGAGGACGUGAGGCACGCGCUCUACAAGUUCUGCUCCGUGGUGGAGGUGGUGCGGCUGCACUUCAGCGGCUCGCCACGGGAGGGGAACACGGGUGAGUUUGGAACAUCAACCCCAAAGCCACACGUGGACAAGUCCACUCCUCGCGCCUUAACCACCAUCGACGGCGAGCUGGUCAGCAGCAUGGUGCCCAAGGAGGCCACGGCGGUGCUGCGGGUGACCCUGGCCAACAUCGAGGAGGCCAACAUCCUGUUGCAGAACGGACUGGACUUCUACGGGGCCACGUACUUUCCGACGGAGCUGGGCACGCCGGCGCAAGCCGCCAAGCUGAUCAAGCCCAGCAGGGUGACGGGAGGCUCCGUAUCAGCCAGGGUGCGCGACCUGCUCCCGGUGUUCGACCAGCAGGGGUUCGCCAGGUUCGCGCCGCCCGCCUCGCGCCUCGUCAAGCCGAGCGGACGCAAGUAGUGGAGGCAUGGUCCGGCGACUCCAGAUGUUCACUCCAGGAGGGUGACUCUGUAAUGACGAAAAACUAACCGAGAGCUGAGCGAGAUAAACUAGGGGCUAGCGCAGCAGCGCUCCGAAAAUAAGUUUUUCGUCAUUAUAGAGUGACCCCUCAGUAAGACUUGUCGAUAGAUUCCCUUAAAUGUUACACCAGUGCGGUUUUAGUUAUACAGUUUUGUGGAGUGAAAGCAAAAAGUUUAGUUUUUACUGAUACUGAGGGAAAUAAAAAAACUUCAUUGAUAGAAAAAUAAUAUACUAAUAAAGAUUAAAUUUUAUUCUCUCAUAACAUGCAUACAAUUUCAUAAAAAUACUUUAUAUAUUUGGCUAUAUUCAUUCCAUGUGCUUACAAAGUACCUACCAGUAUGUAUAACUUUGUUCAAAUCUAACAAAUUUUCAUGUACCAAUUUGCAUUUACGACAACUUAAUGUGCCAUAAUGAUUUAUAAUUAUCUGAAACUUACUCAUUAUUUUGUUAUAAUAUGUAUAAGUAAGUAUUAUGUGUUAUUAAUUUGAUACAAUUUUAUUAAUAACUACUUUGUUUUAUUAAAACAUUAGGAAACCUGCCCCACUAUACAUAUUCUAAAACUGGCAGAUUUUUUACAUGUAGGUAUCUAUCUGCUUACUUCAUAUCACAGUCGUUUAAUUAA